CAGGCUCUGUACAUACUGGAUCUGCUUAAGGAAGGUUUUGGCUCUUAGCCCUGUUCAGCUGCAGGGUUUGAGUUACAGACUCCCUUUCCAGCCCCUAAUAAAAAGCAAAGGAAUGAAGGGCAGAACCAGGGAGAGUUAAUUUCCACUGCUAAGACCCAGGUAAGGUACUUCUAUCUCCCAUAACCCUAGGUUGUAGUCCUAAUUUAAGGCUGAACUCUACUUUAAGCCUGUAAGUGAUGGUGAUCUGGAACAGGCUCCUGACAAUCAAGUUUUGCCCUAUGCUAGGUCUUCUUUUCCCCUUUCUUUUGCCUGUCUCUCUUUCUCUUCGCUUCAUCUUUUACUUCCUGUUCUGUUGGGAGCUCGGAGGCUGAGAUUCUAGCAACCAAGUCAACUGUUACUACUGGACAAGAAGAAAUGGUAUAUCAUUUUUCCUUUCCUCUAAACUGAGAGCUUUUCAGAAGCUUCUCCCACCCCACCCUGUUAAUUCACAGACCCAACCUCAAGACAAAACCUAGAAGUCUUAAUCUGAGUAAAAAGUAUUAUUGGUAUCACUCCCAACUCAAAAGAGAGGCAUGAGAUGGUGAACUCAGAUGGAGAAAGGCAGCUUUGAAAGAAGAUCUAGAAAAAACUGGAAUAGUAAAAUGGGGCUUCCGCUUGGAGGAACAACUACCAUAAUGAAUUUGCUUUCUCAAGUGGUUUUCCACCCUUUGAUCAUUCUCAUCCCCAGAUGGCUCCAGGUGGAAUGACCAACUUCCCUUAGAAACUGUGGUGAACCUCAAAUCCUCAUGUUAGCUUUGUAUGGAGGGAACAUGUGAUGAUAAUGAUGGUAGAGGAAGUUAGGAAGGACCCCUCCAGUGCAACAGUGCAACCUGAGAUGUGAAGAGGGGUGACAGUAGUGGGGGAUGAGGGUUUCUCUAGGCUGCUUGGCUUGCUGCAUAUGUAAGCUGUAUUCUGCAGGCUGGCAUUGGGGAGUGAAAAUGUAGGCAAGUAUUGCUGUGAGACUGUAACACAACAGUCAUUCUGCUGGUUACUCUGUGUGAAUUCAGAGAGGGUAUAGUGACUUUUGUGCUUGAUUCAAGCACUUCAUUUCUUCAGCUGAAAUUCGAAGACUUUAAAUCAGUGUGUGUGCGUGUGUGUGUGUGUGUGUGUGUGUGUGUGUGUGUGUGUAUGUGUGUGUUUUGUUUCUUUUGCUUAAACAAGCCCAAACGUGUUCUAUUUCACUGGCCUUGGUUGUGAGUCACUGUCUGGUAUUUAUACAUAAUGCCUUAAGUGUCUUCGUUAUUUGACCAUGACAUUCCUUUUCUCACUGUUUCACUCAAAGCUGAGAACGCCAAGAAAGGAAAAAAGGAACUGACUAAUGAGGCUUAAUGUCAUUGGUGCUCGUCUGUAUGACGGUCAGGUUAUCUUAGGUCACUAAGGGGACAGGUUAAGAAUCAGUAUUCAAAUACUCAGGGAUAGCACGGUGACACCAGGAGUGCUUAGUUUGCUACUGCCCAGUCUACUGCAGCAGAGCGUGUUUUACGGCCGUGGACUCAGAGCUGGUUUGUCUCGGGACCCCAGAAAGGAUAUAUCCUGAUUAGAAUCUCUUAUUGAAGAUGGAGGCAAGGCAGCCUUGUCCCAGAAGAUGCGGACUGGUGAUGAACUGGUAAAUAUCAAUGGCACUCCAUUGUAUGGCUCCCGCCAAGAGGCCCUCAUCCUCAUCAAAGGCUCCUUCAGGAUCCUCAAGCUGAUUGUCAGGAGGAGAAACACCCCUGUGAGUAGGCCGCACUCAUGGCAUGUGGCCAAGCUAUUGGAGGGGUGCCCUGACGUGGCCACCACCAUGCAUUUCCCUUCUGAAGCCUUCAGCUUGUCCUGGCAUUCUGGUUGCAACACAAGUGACGUGAGUGUACAGUGGUGCCCACUCUCCCGGCAUUGUAGCACUGAGAAAAGCAGCUCUAUUGGCAGCAUGGAGAGCCUGGAACAGCCAGGCCAAGCUACCUACGAGGGCCACCUCUUACCCAUUGAGCAGAACAUGUACCCCAGCCAGCGUGACUCAGCCUACAGCUCCUUCUCAGCCAGCUCAAAUGCCUCUGACUGUGCCCUUUCCCUUAAGCCAGAGGAACCACCCUCUACAGACUGUGUCAUGUCAGGCCCAGGGCCGACUAAAGUCACUGAUGACCAAGCUAAUGUAUCUGAGACCUCAGGAAGUAGCCAUAGUACCAGUGGGGGCCACAUGACCUCCACUUCCCAUGCAUCAUCCUGCUCAGAAGAAGGGCACCACUCAGGACCUGCCAAGAUGGUGCGGGGUCCACCAGAGCCUCCAGUGAGGCGGGACAGCCUUCAGGCCUCUAGAGCCCAACUUCUCAAUGGAGAGCAGCAUCGUGCAUCUGAACCUGUGGACUCCUUACAGCAAAAGGAAAAACCAGCCUUAGAGACAAUGCUGCCCCCAAGGAGCUCUAACCAGUUCUGCUGCAUUAGUGGGCAAGACCAGGUGACAGGUGAGGACCACCAGAACUGUGAGCUCAGCAAGCCUUCUGAAUCCAGCCAGGAUGACUGUGACCAUCUACUGAUAGAGGGCUCCUCCAAAGCUCUUGAUUCUCCAAAGGCCCAUGACAAAGGUUCCAACAAAGAGUUUGGCCUGCUUAAGGAGGCUUCAGCAGAUCUGGCUAACACUUUGUCUUUUGGUGCCAUCCCGCACCUCCGAGGAAGCAUAGAACAUCGCCAUAGUGCUCCUGAACAGCUGUUGGCAUCCCACUUGCAGCAGAUGCACCUUGAUUCCAGAGGCAACAAGGGGAUGGAGUUGCCAACUGGGCAGGAUGGACACCAGUGGACCAUGUCCCCUUUGCACAACAACCCUAAAGGGAAGAAAAGUCCAGGUCUCCCCACAGGAGGUACCCAGGACCAGACCAGCAAAGAAAGGAAGAUCAAGCCCACAGAUGAUAAGCUGAUGGUUUCUGCAAACCAGAGCCAAAGUGAUGCCCUACUUGGAGAGGUCGAUGGACACCCAUCAGAACGAACUUACCUAGACUCAAACCGAGCAAGCAGAGCAAGCAGUGACUUGACUGGCCAGCAGCCCUCUGCCACUUGCUCCCCUGUUCAACAAACCAGAGACUUCUUUUCAGCCAAUAAAGUAGUUGGUCACACUGAAGCAACUGAAGAAGGUGACAAUGAGCCUAAGGAAGGUGGCCGAUUGGGUGGCAGAAGAAGUGGAGGCCCCCGAGGUCGCUCCAUCCAAAACCGACGGAAGAGUGAGAGGUUCGCUACCAAUCUACGGAAUGAAAUUCAGAGGAGGAAAGCCCAGCUCCAGAAAAGUAAGGGCCCCUUGUCACAAUUGUGUGACACUAAGGAAGAUGUGGAAGAGACCCAAGAGCCUCCAGAAAGCCCUCCACUCCCUGCUUCUAACUCAUCCCUUCUGCCUUCAUAUAAAAACGUCCCUAGCCAUGGAGAUCAGCUCUUUAACAAAAGCAUGAUUCUCAGGGCUAGGUCUUCAGAAUGCCUCAGCCAAGCCUCAGAGAGCUCUAAAGCUAGGGUAGGCUUAGAGGGAAGAAUGAGCCCUGGCCAGAGGUCUGGCCAGUCUUCUUUGGCCCUGAACACAUGGUGGAAGGCAUCUGACUCAUCCACCUUAGACACUGAGAAAGCAAAUGCUCACCACGGGGUCUGUAGAGGUCACUGGAGAUGGUCUCCAGAACAUAACGCACAGCCACAGGUGGCACUCUCCACAGAGGGUCCUUCCAACCCAGAUGACAACAAAGAAUUGAAGAUACCUACUCCUCAGGCUGGGGAUGAAGCCAUCCUCAUGCCAUUUGCAGACAGAAGAAAGUUCUUUGAAGAGAGCAGCAAAUCUUUAUCUACAUCUCAUUUGCCAGGCUUAACCACUCACAACAAGCCAUUUAUCCAGAGACCAAAACCUAUAGAUCAAAACUUCCAGUCAGUGAGCUAUAGGGAAUUACGAUGCCAUCCUAUGGACCAAUCAUAUCAUUCUGCAGACCAACCAUACCAUGCUGCUGACCAAUCAUAUCAUUCCUUGUCACCACUUCAGUCAGAAGCUCCCACUUACCCAGACUGCUUUGCUCCCAAAGGCGUAGAUAAUUCCCUGUACUGUAAGCCAGUGCACCAUGGGGAUUGUGAUUACCACAGGACCUGUUCUCAUCCCUGCAGUGCUCAGGGAACUGUAAUGCAUGAUCCUUGCAUUUGCUGUUCUGGAGAAAUUUGCCCUGCCUUGCUAAAGAGAAAUUUGUUGCCAAAAUGCCACAACUGUAGGUGUCACCAUCACCAAUGCAUCCGGUGUACAGGUUGCUGUCACAGUCCUCAGCAUGGUGCCCAUGAGGACAGCAGUAUGGCAUCUGGCAAUGCUUGGAAAUCCAGGAAGGCAGCCAUACAGGAAUUUCCUGUGGACAAGUGGAAGCCAAUAACAGGAAACAGGAAAACUAGUCAUUCCGGGAGGGAAAUGGCUCAUUCUAAGGCCAACUUGUCAUUGUCUGCUCCCUUCCGGCCUCACAUUGAGAACUCAGCACUGGACUUGUCAAACUACCGAGCAGUCUCUUCGCUUGACCUCCUUGGAGACUUCAAACAUGCCUCGAACACUCCAGAGGAAUCUUCAGUUUAUGAGGAUGAGAGCUCCGUUGCCUCCAUGCCCCGCCCACUGCGGAGCCGAGCCUUCUCUGAGAGUCACAUCAGUUUAGAGCCACAAAACACCCGGGCCUGGGGGAAACAGCAAAGGGAAUCAUUUAGUAAAGGCAGUGAGACUCAGCCAGAUACUCUUGGGGCCCGAAAGAAGGCCUUUCCUCCCCCUCGCCCUCCUCCUCCCAAUUGGGAAAAAUAUAGGCUCUUUCGUGCAGCGCAGCAGCAGCAGCAGCAGCAGCAGCAGCAGCAGCAGCAGCAGCAGCAGCAGCAGCAGCAAUGUGAAAAGGAAGAAGAGGAGGAGAAGGAGCAAGAGGAGAAGGGAGAGAAAGAAGAGGACCUACCGCCCCAGUAUUUUAGUUCAGAAACCACUGGAUCAUGUGCCCCUAUUACAGAGGAGCAGCCACAGUCCCUGAAGAUGGGCCACCAGGAAGCCUCAAGGCAGAGUUCACAGAGCCUCCAAGAGCAAGAGGCCUAUGCUGUGCAUCCCAGCAAUUUUGUGCCUGCAGUAAGGAGCUACCCUGUAACCCAGCCCGAGAAAGCUCAACCUCCUUGCUAUUACGGCGCUCAUGGACUGUGGAGGACAACUGAGCAAGAAGCUACUGUGACCCCAAAACAAGAGUUUCAGCACUUCUCACCUCCUACAGGGGCCUCAGGAAUCCCUACCUCUUACUCAGCUUAUUAUAAUAUCUCUGUGGCCAAGGCAGAACUGCUGAACAAGUUAAAACAGCAGCCUGAGAUGGCUGAGGCAGGCCUGGGAGAGGAGGGAGUUGACUAUGAACUGGCUCAAAAAAAGAUUCAGCUCAUUGAAAGCAUUAGUAGAAAACUUUCUGUCCUGCGGGAGGCCCAGCGUGGGCUACUGGAUGACAUCAAUGCCAACGCUGCCCUUGGAGAGGAGGUGGAGGUCAACUUAAAAGCUGUCUGCAAGUCCAAUGAGUUGGAAAAGUAUCAUUUGUUUAUUGGAGACCUGGACAAAGUGGUCAACCUGUUGUUGUCACUCUCUGGACGACUGGCCCGGGUAGAGAAUGCUCUCAACAGCAUCGAUGCUGAGUCCAACCAGGAGAAGUUGGUGCUGAGAGAGAAGAAGCAGCAGCUGACGAACCAGUUGGCAGAUGCCAAAGAGCUGAAGGAGCAUGUGGACCGCAGGGAGAAGCUGGUGUUCAGCAUGGUCUCCCGCUACCUGCCGCAGGACCAGCUCCAAGAUUACCAGCACUUUGUGAAGAUGAAAUCUGCUCUCAUCAUUGAGCAGAGAGAGCUGGAGGAGAAGAUCAAACUUGGAGAAGAACAGCUUAAAUGCCUCAAAGAGAGCCUGCACUUGGGGCCCAGCAAUUUCUAAUUACAGCAGAAGUGUGCCAUUGCACCAGUGGAAAAGGGCUCUGUCUUUAGGAGCAGUUUGUUAGCCAAGUAUAUCGAAAUUACUUAGCAGAUGAGUCCAGCCAUCUACCUUGGCCAGCCAUCAAGGAGAGCCUGGGAAGGCCCCAUGCUUCUCUCCUAUGGAGCUGCAGCGAGGUAUGGCUACACUGCCAUGCUCUUUCUCAGUAAAUGAGACUUAAAAAGUGCCUUCAUCUCUGUACCAGAAUACCAAAGACUUCACAAACUCAAUGCUCUCCCUUGCCACACUACCCUCCUACCCUCUUGAGGUUCAAAGCUAAACUACCAGUGCAAUUUUCCCUCUUCCCUAGGGAUAGUGACCUAGCUAGCCAUUGUCCACACAGAUGUGCUUGACUUGAAUACAUUCACCUCACACCAGUUUCAGGGCCUCUGUCAAACCUGGCAGCAGGAGGCGCGGAAGGGGAGGCUAUAUAUAAGGGGAGCAAGCAUGGAGUCUACCUGUGUAUUCUUCCUCCCCUCUAGUAAUAGGCUUAAACCAAGUGGUUCCAUGUCUACCCUCCCCAACACCUAGUUGUCAGCACUGUUACGGUGGCCUUCACCCUGUCUUCACAUGAUGGACCUGUCUCUUUGUAUAGUAUCCUGUCCUGAUAUCACUAGGAGUUUCGUGCCAGGGUUUCGCUCUCCAAGCCUCUAACAUUUCUCUAUGACAGUUGACUUUGCAACACAGCUUCAUUACUGGGGAAGAGGGUUUUUAUCGUAUUUCAAAUGGUCUUUGAUUGUAUUUAUUAUGUUUUCCUUUUUUUUCUUAACUAAUGAGACAAGAAAAAACAAGUUAGGCAGAAGGAAAACGUAAACCCUAAGUCUACCCUGGCUAAGGAAGCGAGUGCCAAGGCCUUGAAUUCUUCCUACCACGGCUUCUAAUAGCUAAUAAAUCUCUCCCUUGAACUUAUAGCCUCCCUGCCAUAGCUUAGCUAUGUGCUUCCUUAAGGGCUGGAUGACUAUUACCUUAACAUUCCCAAGUAGAGUUCAAUGGUUUUUAACUGCCCUUUGAAACCAGAGUGGUCUCCUAUAACUGAAAGAUACAGGAUACAUGAAGGAAAGAAAGCGAGUGUGGAAGGCAUUCGCCUAACAACUGCUUUUCCAAACAGUGGCUAGCUCAAGGAACUAAAACCAGGAGAGUAUUUUCAGGCAGGGCCAAGCCUCAGAGCAAAUUAUGAUUCAUCCAGGAUCUAGACGUACACUAUUCCUCCUGUCUUCGGGGCCUAUGUAGUAAAGCAUCCCCUGGGGCGGAUGCCUGAAAUCUGUGAUAGUACCAAAGCCUGUAAAUAGCGCAAUUGUUAAUGUCAUCACUGAGGGCACUAAGAAGGGACUAAAGAAAGGCUGCCUGUAUAGCAUGGAUACACUGGAUAAAUAGAUGAUUGAUGAUCCAAGUGGGAUGGAGCAGAAGUUCAUCACACUACACAGAGUGGCACAUAAUUUAAAACUGAUCAGCCAUUCAACUCUACAAUGUUCCAUUUAACGUCGUCAACCAUGGUUGAGCAUGAGAACUGAACCUCUGGCAAGUCAAACCACAGGUAAGAGGGAUUGACGUGCAAAGCACUGAAGCUGUUGCUCUCGCCAAGACCUGACAUUGGUAGCCAGCUUCUGUCCUGGAAAAGCGUUCAGGUGGGCAAUUGCAAGAGGGGACUUAUCACCAAGCCACCCUUCUAUCUAGCUCAGUCUUCUGUUCCCUGCUAACUGGGGACAUUCCUUGAUGAUAUCGCCUAACAACCCCCCAGAAGCCCAAAACAAACCAAGCCCUGACAUUACCACCUGCUACCGCUGAGUUCCUCAGGGUCCGUGGACAUUCCCUGUAGCUUCAGUGUUACUUCAUUCAACCAAAGAAUUUGCUAAGGAACUUCACGGCUGCUACAAAUACCGGCCACCGUCUUCCAUUCUCUGCACACUGUGUCUGACAGCUAUGGGAGAAUCUUGGCUGGCAGGGUAUUCUGAAGGGGCGGGAACAUUUUCUGUGAGCCAUUCGGUAUGCUUUUUAGUGCUGCCGCCUCUGCAAUAAGCACUGUUUAUCUAUCAGUACUGCCAUUCUCCCCUCAAGUGCAAGAUCACAAAUUAUUCAAUAUAACCCUAAGAGUAUACUGAGCGGUGAAGCUCAGUAGCUGCUAUGCUGUGCUGUGCUAUGCUGUGCUGUGGUACGCUAUGCUAUGCUGUGCUAUGCUAUGCUGUGCUAUGGUGUGCCACACAGUACUGUACAGCGCUGUGCCGCGUUAUGCUGUUCUGUGCUAUUUUGUUCGGGAUGGCUGUGAGUUUACCCAAAGGAAAAUUGAGAGAGGUAAGGAACUGCUUUGACUAAAAGCCACAUUUGCCUUACCUUUUUUAUAAUAUAAUGGACCCUAGGACAAUCAAUAAGGAAGUUAAAAUGUCUUAUAUUAGGAUAGUGAGAGUUAUGUGGUCUGUCAUUCCAAGAUGCGUUUGCCUACAGUAGAACAAGGAGUGGUCACUUUACUGGAUAUCAUGGCCAUAGGUUGGGUAUUUGUAGCCCUCGUUAGGUUUAUUAUACCUUAAGUAUAUGAUACCAACAUACUAUUAACUGUGGUUUGUCUUUGUUUGUUUGUUCGUUUGUUUGUUUGUUUGUUGCUUUGGCAUUGUUAGAGAUGGAACCCAACACCUUAUGUAUACUGGGCAAGUGCUGGAUCACUGAGCUACGGCCCCAGCCUUAAUUCUCAGUUUUUAUCACUUGUCUCACCUCAGAGUGGUUUGUACAGUUGCAUUCAGAACACAGGGUGAGUUUCCAAAGCAUUUGAAAGAUAAUUUCAGAACUAUACUGGGUUCCAAAGCUCAGUAGACCGAACUAACACUGGUAUGCCCUACGCCUGCUGUGGCCUUUCUACAGGGGUGGGCAUCGCUGUAAAUUGCCAGUGCUACUUGCCAUGGGUUAUCUCUCUGGUCUUGGUUUCUAGGAUCAGUCAUCUUACAAGGCCUCUGAGAAGAUAGCAGCAUGAACUUAGGUUAAAAGAUUGACCCGCCCCCUCAAAAGUUGCUGAUUGGCCCCUCUUUCCCUCCAAAUAUUUUCAUAAAUCUCAUUGGAUAAUAGGAAAGAAGAGUAGUGGAUACAAAGGAAUCGAUGCAAGGUUGCUAUCCUAUGCCUAUUCCUUUCCCAACCCCAGGACUGUAGAUAAUUGACUCCCCUCAAGUCCCACAAUUGAAGACUCAGCUAAGAGAAAAGUAAAUACCCAAGGGUAUUUACCUAAGGGAAUAGGAUGGGUGUACUGAAAUUAAAGCCCUAAAAAGGGAGAGAUUGGGUGCACAGGAAAGGAAAGAGAAUAAAAAAAUGAAAAACCUCUUUGAAGAUUGGCUUCAUAUUUCUGUUUGCCAUUUGACCUCAUGUGCCAAGAAAGGUGCCUAAGGGGUACCAGAACCACACCGUCAACUCUAGGCUCCUUGGAUAUACUCCUUUUCUAGUAACAAGCCUCAGAUGGAGGAUGUCGAGUGUCCUUCUGGCUGUGUCUACCAGUGUGGAACAUGGUAACUCUCUCUCUUUGCCAGAGGAGCUAUGUAUGCCAGUAAUAAUUAUGUGGCAGAAUAUUGUACUAUUUGAAAAUUAAAUCCUUAGAAGGGGGUGGGGUGUGGGGCAGUGUAUAUAGAUAAAGAAUCAGUGUUUGCUGUAUAAUUUCGGGGAAUUUUCUAUCCAAUGUAAUGCUAUUAUUUUUCUGAAUCUUAAUGUUCCUGCAUUGUGUCCUCCACCACUCCCACCAUGGCUGGCAUUGAUGUGCCUGCCAUGUUGUCAUCAAGGGUCAGACUUCAAUAAAAGGUGCUAAGGACAAAA